UUAAAUGGAUUAUAUUCUCUUUAAUCUUUAAUCCUGACCUUUUAGCACAUCACAUUAGUAUAACUUUUGAGAGUGAGCGAUGGAGACGAGUGCCGAGUCUGGCAGCAUGUCGCCGGCGCGCGUGAAGCUGGAGCCCGAGACGAACCAGUCGGAAAUGGCCCCUGUGAAGGAAGAACCUGUAUUCCUGGAUGAAGAGGAGCGUGUGAAGGAGGAGUGGUCGGACAGCACGGCCGGGCGCGGCGUGAGCGAGGCAGCCAUGCUGGCCGACUUGUACAUCGAGCACGAGGUGAAGGACGAGCUCGUGCUGGGGCCGGAGCGCCCGCACCGCCCCGUAGUCGCCCCGGCCGCCCUGUCUAAUCGUGUCGCAGCGUCCGCCGAGCCCGCACACACACCCAGCGCCAUCGCCACCGUCUAUCAGUGUCACCAUUGCGGCCAACUGUUCUGGGAUAAGCUGUUUUUGAAGAAACACGUAAACACUCACUCACCUUUACAUCAUUCAAAAACAGAAAAUUGUGGUUCAAAACGACAUCAAACACACACAGAUAUACAGACUCGUCUGAAAACUCACACAGACGAUAAACCUUUCUGGUGUACUCAAUGUGACUACAAGUGUAGACGGAAAGAUCAAUUACGGUCACAUCUGAUUAUUCACACUGACGAAAAGCCUUUUAGUUGUAGCUACUGUGACUACAAAUGUAGACGAAAAGCACAUUUAAAGUCUCAUCUGAUGACUCACACUGACGAAAAACCUUUUAGUUGUGGCUACUGUGACUACAAAGGUAGACGAAAAGAACAUUUAAAGACUCACCUUAUUACGCACACCAAAGAGGAUCGAGUAUUAGUGUCACUGUCAAAGUAAAAUGUGUAGUCACAGUACUCACAGUACAUAAACUGACAUCACUCGACACAGGCAUAAAACUUUUGAACUUCAGUUUUGAAAUUUUAACCCAUAUUCUUAAGAGGCCUGAUUCCCUAAAUACCGCUCAUGAAUUUAGUACUUUUUAUUCACUGUGAGGCUUCAAGUGCAGAAGGAAAUGACAGUU